AUGCACCACAAGGAAAACAUAUGUAGCCCCAUCCUUCGGGCGAGGGAAAUCUUGAGUCGACUAGCUGCCACUGAUUCCUUUCGUCAUUUAUACCCAACUAAAAUCGACGGCAUCACAUUCCUCUCGAAAACUUUCCGUAUGCUGCGGCAAAACCUAAGUGGUAGGACGCACAACGGUGGCUGGGGUGACCCGCGCGACCGCGUUUUAUGCCGUAGUUUAUCUGAAGGUCAGUGGUUCCUUGUGGUCGAUGAUGAUGGAAUCAACCAAGGCCCGGUCUACGUGAUGUCUCAGCAGGACAAGUCUCGAUCAUCUCUCCAUAGAAAAGACGAAAACUUCGCUUCAUUAUCCGUUCUUGACCCGUUGAUUGUAAAUGCCUCUCUCUAUCCUGUUUUUUAA